GAGUUUACAUCCACCAAAAUGAAUCUCCAUUGGACAAAGAUGCUUACAGUUUUCAUCCUGUUUGAAAAUGCUAUAGGCUGGAAUUCUUCUUCAGAUACUGUCAGUGUGCCAGACAUUAUUAAUCUUCAGGCUUUGGACAUGUGGAGACUGGAGAUGGAGUGGAUGAUGAAUCAGAAUGAAGAACGGAGAAAUCAAACCUAUGAAAUACAAGUUGGACGCACAACAAACAUGGAUAUUGUCGACAGCGUACGCAAAACACAUAAUUCCUCAGCUCCUAUCACGUUAUCGCCUGAUUUCUGAAUUUUGCACUAACUGUUUACAGUCUUGUCCACAGAUGAACAUAAGCAGAGGAUCACUGGAAGCAGUUCACACACUGGUUUGGACUUCACAGCUCCCGCUGAACUGUGUCGAUCACUCUGUUAGAAUAAGACUCAUCUCUGAGGCUUCACCAUCCAGCUCUUGGAGUUCAUGGAAAACCAUCUAUGGGGAGAUGAACUUAGCCCACAAUCAAAUCAGGAUGUUUCCAGAUGACCAGGUGCUUCAGGAGGGAUCCACGAUGAUGUUCUGCUGCAUUUAUCCCACAGAGACACACAUCACCUCUAUGUUCUUCAGCAACACUCCCUAUAAAGUCAUCAACAUAAGCCCACGGGUCAAAGCCAUUCGAGUGGAAAACAUCAAAGCCACAAAUUCAUUCGGUGUCAACUUCUACUGCGAUAGGAACAGUGAUGUAGUAUAUAACUUUGUCACCUUUCCUCCAGAGAAACCAUUCGAUUUUAGAUGUGAGACUGAAGACAUGAGACUCGUUGUCUGCUCGUGGGAAAUACACAGAGCUCCUAACCUAGAAGGCGACCAGAGAAGGCAGUACACAUUACUAAUCAGUGACUCAAAGGCUGUCGGCUGUAAUGUGGAGAGCACAGAUCAUGCAUCCUGUGGUUUUGAUGUCAUCCAACAGCAGAUCACCUACAACACCACAUUACUUGUGACAAAUAGUUUGGGGCAAGAGAGUGAGACCUACGUAUUCAAUAUCACAGACAGAGUUUUUCCAGUCCCUGAGCAUCCUGAAGUGACAGCAGGCGUGUUUGAUUCAUUGGUGAUCUUGCAGCUGAAUGGGUGUUUCAAAGGACUUCUGCUGAUUUGCCAGAUUGAACUUGAACCAGAAGGGAUAAAACAGGUUUUAGAUCAGAAUGGAUCUGACUCAAUGCAGUAUUACGCAUUCAAACUACAGCACCUGAAGCCCAGCACGGAGUACUCCAUUAGAGGGCGCUGUGCAGUACAGGGGAACGACUGGGGCCGAUGGACAACACAAAGACUAUUCAUCACAGAGCCUCUAGUGACCAUAGAUCUGUGGAGACAAAUCAGGGACCAUCCCAAUCGCACCGUCACACUGCUGUGGAAAACAGUCAGCAGUGACUCCGAGUUAUAUAUUGAAGCCUAUGAGGUGUGUGUGAGCUACAGAAACACAGAGAGGAGCGUGUGCAUGAACAUCACACAGACGCAGGUGGAACUAACCAGAGAUGUCAAUAUGAGUGACAUCACCGUGAGGGCCGUCAUUCAGUCUGGCUUGUCUGAACCAGCCCACAUCACUCUUCCUUUAGCAUACAGCAUGCCGGGGGAGAAGAGGAUUAUGGGUAAUGAAAAGGGAUUCCAGCUGACCUGGACGAGGGACUCAACCACCACGUGUGAUUAUAUUGUAGAGUGGUGCAUGCUGGGUAUUGCACUCCCCUGCAACUUACAGUGGAGAAAAGUCCCAGCUAAUCAGAGCUCCUUAAACCUGAACGCAGGAGACUUUAAAGCAGGAGUUCUAUAUGAAUUUGAAAUCCACGGGUGUAGCGCUGAGGGACAUCGACGCCAUGAGAAACAGAUCGGAUACUUAAAAGAACAGAAGCCCACGCAGCGCCCUACACUGGACUCUAGCCCAAAUCUAACAUGGUCAUCUGUAAACCUGAAAUGGAGUUUCAAUGAGAAGGAUCCGAGUCACGCUGGAUUCAUCACAGGAUAUGUGAUUAUAGUACAAGACCAUUCAGAGGCCGGCGCCGAUCUCAGUUCCUUCAGACAGUCAGUGGACGAUCCUCACAGCAAGUCCUGGACAGUCAGUGGUCUUGAGGAGGACCGGCCGUACACAUUUCAGCUGGCAGCAUGUACAUCUGCAGGCUGCGGACCGGAAACCACCGCCAUCUUCAGAACCAGAAAGAACUUGUACCUGCUGACGGUCAAGGUUCUGGUUCCUCUCGUGGUUUUGCUCGGUUGUUGUGUUUGUCUGUGGUCGUACAGAAACCUGAUAAGAGGAUUUCCAGAAGAAUCGUUCGGCUUUCUGCACGUAAAAGCACUGGACCUGGAUGAAGAUCUUUAUGAAGUAAUUCAUUACAUUGAUGCUGUACAAUAA